AUGUCUUUUAUUUUUACAGGAUUUUCAGUUGCCAAAGAAAGUAACAGCAUUGCAAAAUGGAAUUUCCAGACUUGGGAAAAACAUUGCUCAGAAGUCACCUGCAAACAGCUAGAUUUUCUUCCACUGAAAUGUGAUUCUUGUGGGGACCUAUUUUGCAAGGACCACAUAACCUAUGACCAGCAUAAGUGUGCUUCUGCAUACAAGAAGGAUGUGCAAGUACCUGUCUGUCCACUGUGUGGCGCCCCUGUACCAGUAAAGAAAGGAGAGCUGGCAGAUAUUGCAGUAAGCCAACACAUGGACAGAAAGUGCAGUUCAAAGCCAAAACAAAAGAAUCUCCAGAUUUUCACAAAUCGUUGCUGUAAACCAGGAUGCAGAAAGAAGGAGCUGAUGAAGAUUGAAUGUGAUCAGUGUCGCAAUAAUUUCUGCCUAUCUCAUAGACACCCAGUAGAUCAUGACUGCAAGACCACAGGACCAGCACUUUCAAAAGCUGGGUGA